GCAUAACCUGUAUAUACCCCCGUUCCCAAUCCUAUUUUCAUUUCUUUAUCCACCCCUUGUACCGCUCUCAAUAGCCUUCGGCUGAGUAACAAAGGAAAAGAGAUGGCGUUCGAUACAGAAGUUCUGAUCAUAGGCGCGGGAAUGAGCGGUCUCGGUCUCGCCGUCCAACUCAUCCGCACGUACAAUCUCCGCACCUUUGAGAUCGUGGAGAAGAGUGAGGAUGUGGGCGGAACGUGGAACGUGAAUACGUAUCCGGGGUGCGGGUGUGAUGUCGCUUCGCACUUCUACUCGUACAGCUUCGCAUUGAAUCCAGACUGGAGCCGCAAGUACUCGCACCAGCGCGAGAUCCAGGCGUAUUUCCAGGACGUAGCAGAGCAAUAUCGAGUCCUUGAGCAUAUCCGGUUUCACUCUACUGUAGAAAAAGCGGCAUGGAAUGAGAAGGAUAAGAUGUGGGAAGUCGAGGUUUUGGAUUGGAAAACGAAGGGGAAGACGGUGCGGAGGGCGAAGAUUCUUGUGUCGGGGGUUGGAGCGCUGUCUGUGCCCAAGGAAUGCGACAUCCCAGGCGCAGAAGUGUACAAAGGACGGUUAUUUCAUUCUGCAAAGUGGGAUCAUGGGUUUGAUUGGGGUGGGAAGGAUGUUGUUGUUCUCGGAAACGGCUGCUCCGCCACCCAAUUCGUCCCCAUCCUCGCCAACCCCCCCAAUCCAACCCGCACCCUCAUCCAAUUCAGCCGCCAAGCUCAGUUCCUCUCUGAACGCCAGAACCCCGUUUACUCAGAUACCUUCAAAGUCAUAAUGCGCUACGUCCCCCUCGCCAUGCGCCUCUACCGCCUAAAAUUCUACCUCGAUAUGGAGCGCGACUACAGCGGUUUCUCCAUCGACUCCGGACACGCCAUCCGCCAGGCCCUAGCUAAGGAAAACGCCGCGUAUGUAAAGAACGUGGCGCCGCCGCGGUACUGGGACGCACUCAUCCCUACAGUCGAAGUGGGUUGUAAGAGAAAAGUGCUGGAUACAGAUUACCUAAAGACACUCUGGCGCGAGAAUGUCGAGCUUAUAUUCGAUGAUGCUGUGGCAAGGAUAUCGGAAACGGGGGUUGUAACAAGGGAGGGGAGGGAGAUUAGGGCGGAUGCCAUUGUAUUGGCGACGGGGUUUAAGACGCAGCAGAUGUUGGUGCCGAUGGAGAUUGUGGGGAGGGAUGGGGUGGGGUUGAGGGAGUAUUGGGAUAAAACCUCGCGCGGCGUCGCACAAGCUUACUUCGGCACCGUUGUGCCGCACUUUCCCAAUUUCUUCAUACUGAUGGGUCCGAAUACCGUUACGGGCCAUCUCAGCGUCAUCUACAGCGUCGAGUGCCAGAUCAAUUUCAUUUUGCGUCUUCUCGAUCCCAUUAUCAAAUCGCUGCCAUCGUACCGAUUGCGCUCGUGGGUUCCGAGCUUCUUCGCCGCGGCGCCGGCGAGCGUCGAAGUCAAGUCUGGAGCCGCGGCUGCAGAUUCCCGAUGGACACAAGACGCAGCGAAGAAGCUGGUCUGGGCGACUGGAUGUGUGAAUUGGGCUGUUGAUGCUAAGACAGGGCUUAACAAUAUGAUGUAUCCAGAUUGGCAAUUCAUGUUCUGGCUCAGGAGCGUGUUCUGGAAGAAGAAUGAUUUUAUAUAUUUGGAUAAGGAGACGGGGAGGGAAGUUAAUCCGCAUGCGCGGAAGACGGCACUGAGGCUGGUCACUGUUGCAGCGGUUGCAAGCGGCGCUCUUCUGGGCCGACACUGGAUAAGAGAUGAGCUGCCUCGCAGGCUGAAGGACUUUGACACACGGGCAUUGCUGAAGAGCUUGAAAGGGUAGAUUAUAGUUGGGCACCGCUAUCGGCCUACAUAGGUACAUACAUACAUAAGUCUGCUCCUCCUACCGCUCGCCUUAAAUCACGCAGAGCUAGCCCAA